AUGGGCUGCGGGUUACGCCACGGCAACAAAGAGCGCUUCUCGUGUCGCGGCAUCCGGCUGGCCGUCGAGUACUUCCGAGCGCGCGGCCACCAGGGCAUCACCGUGUUCGUGCCUAUGUGGCGCAAGGAGGCGCCGCGGCCCGACACCCCGAUCACAGAUCAGGAGGUGCUGCUGGAGCUGGAGCGCGAGCGGUUCCUGGUGUUCACGCCGUCGCGCGUGGUGGACGGCAAGCGCAUCACAUGCUACGACGACAGGUAUAUUCUGCAGACGGCGCUGCAUCAGGAUGGCAUCGUCGUUUCCAAUGACAACUACCGAGAUCUGCAUAAGGAAAAACAGUUCAAAAAGGUCAUUGAGGAGCGGAUCCUCAUGUACUCCUUCGCCAAUGACAGAUUCAUGCCGCCAGACGACCCGCUGGGCAGGAACGGUCCCACCCUGGACAACUUCCUGCGCAAGAGUCCGCGCCCGUCCGAGUCGCUCUGUCCGUACGGCAAGAAAUGUACAUAUGGGAACAAGUGCAAAUACUACCACCCGGAACGCGGUAACCAGCCGCAGAAGUCGGUGACGGAGAAGCUGGCGGAGCACGCGCAGCGGAGUCUUCAGGUCCGGCGCGGCCUGGGAGACGGCGCGGCAGGUGGCGGUCGGAGCGUGCGUGACAAGACGCUGAGUCUGCCGCCGGGCGAGGCGCGGUCGCCUGUCAGCCGGACUCGUUCGCUGGUGCCGGGCACGGUGCCGGCCGACUCGCGGCCGCCGCCGGCCGACGACGCUCACCUGCGCGCGGCCAACAAGAGCCGCAGCAUGGAGAACGUGGCGAGCGCGGCGCGCCUGCGGCCGGUGCAGAUCGACCCGGCCUCGUACCAGUCGGGCGCCGCCGCUGCCGCCGACUGGCAGCAUUGGAAUCUGCAGCAGCAACACGUGCAGACCAAGGCGGUGCGCCAGCACAUGGAGCUGUGCCGCAAGUCGUCCGACCCAAGCUACCAGAGCAGCCAGGAGCAGCGCGCGCACAAGCAACUCUCGCGCCAGCUGACGCUGAACCCGACGUACGACCCGCGGCUGCUGGGCCAGCAGCAGAUGAUCGCCAGUCGAAACCUGCUGUCGCCGCACUGGGACGGCGGCCAGCACCAGGCGGCGCACGCCAGUGUCACACGCAACGCGUCGGCACCGGACUCAUGCCGCCAGGCGGGUGGCCUGGCGCCGCCGCCGCCGCACGACUUCAGCAUGCAGCGGCUCAGCAGCACGUCCGACCCGCAGCUGAACGCGUACGCCGGCCUGGCCGAGCAGUACCAGUUCGCCGGCGCCGAGCCGUUCGUCGAGCGGUCGCCCUGGCACCGGCCGGUCACCUCGAGCCCCAGCGCUGGCUGGCCGGCCGUGUCUGCGGCGCACGCCACCGCCACCUUCAACCCAUUCCAGCCCAACCCGCUGACGUCCAGUCUGUCGACGCCGCCGCCGAACGUCGCCACCAGUCAGCCGCCCAGCAGCGCCACCGUCGCGCCGACAGGUGGCGCGCCGUUCGGCGUGCUGGGCUUCGGCUCCGGGUACACGCCUGACCCGAUCGGCACGCAGCCGUCGUCCCCGCGGCAGAGCAAGGACGAGCUGCGCCGCAAGAUGUACUGGCACCUCUCCGCUCUCUUCCCCGAAGAGAAGGUCCGAGUUGCCAUGAACCUCAUGCCCGAGGAGACGGACCCCACCAAGAUAUGCGCGGAGAUUUUGCAACCUAAGUGA